GUUGUCAGCACACGCGCACGCAACGCACAACAGCAAGCAACUAUUCGUACACUCGGUUUCGCUUCGUUUCGUCUCGGCUCGUUCGGCGUGCGCGGUUCGUGCCUCGUCAUCAUCAUCAGCAGCAGGCCAGAAGGGCAGGGGAAGGGAAAUAAGAGAGAGAAAAGGCACGGAAAAGGCAACGUAGAACGCACCUCGAACAGGUUUCGCCGUCGUCCGGAGAAACAGAAAGGUGCUCAAUUCCGCCUAGUGUGGAGGUAUUUUUUCGCUGUUCCCGCAAAUGCGUUGAUUUGCCCAAAAAAAAAAUAUAUAUAGAAAGAAAAAAUAAAAUAUAAUAAAUACACAAGCAAGACAACGACCAUAUUCGCGUCGGGUUUUUAAACAACAAUUCUCAAGUGUUUUCCCAGUGUUUGCUCGCCGUGCAAAUAGAGAAAUUGUGACUGUGGAGCUUAACAAAAAAAAAAAUAAAUAAUAAAAAUCCAAAAGCUAAAAUCCAAAGAGAGCCAAACAAAUUUUGAUAUCAACUAUUGCCACGAUUAAAAUCAAUAACAAAAAACAUACCAAGUGCAACAUGGUUUCCCACAAAAUGUUCAAAAACUAAUUAAAAAACAAAAACCAAGCAAAGCGCCUUAGCGAGCCAGCAAAGUAGCAGCUACUCCUGCGAAAAUAAACCAAAAUCCCAGAGUAAUAAAAUCUUAAUCAUCGAGGAGGAAAUCCACCUUUUACUCGCCAUCUAACAUGCUGACCAUGGAAUCGGACAUGAAGGGCAGCCUGCUGCACGCCACCAUGCCGCCGCAUCAUACCAGUGCGGCGCUCCAUGGACAUGCCGCCUCGCCGUACUCGGCUCUGGCGCCGCUGAUGAAUCUCGGCCAGUCACACCUGACCCAUUCGCAGCUGAGCCAUCACAAUCACCACCAUCACCAUCACAUGAGCGCCCACAUUGCGGCCAGCCAGAGUCCCAAUCCGCUCAGCUCGCUGCAAUCCUCGAUGGCCAAUACCCUGAACGGUAACGGUGGCAGCCAGGUGAGCCAACAGCAGAGCUCACCGUUGCACAGCUCCAGUGAGCUGAGUCCCACGCAGAGCAGCAUUGGUAGCCACCACAUGACCUCGCCCGUUAGCCACCAGCAGCAGCAACAGCAGCAACAUUCCCAGCAACACUCCCAGCAGCAGCAGCAGCAACAUUUGGGCGCUGGAUCCGCCUUGAGCAGCAUGACCGGUGGAGCCUCCAAUAACAACAACAACAGCGCCACGGCCAACAAGAACCAACAGCAUGCGGAUCGAGUAAAGAGACCAAUGAACGCCUUCAUGGUGUGGUCCCGAGGUCAGCGAAGGAAGAUGGCCUCGGAUAAUCCCAAGAUGCACAACUCAGAGAUCUCCAAGCGACUGGGUGCCCAGUGGAAGGAUCUGUCCGAGGCGGAGAAGCGACCCUUCAUCGAUGAGGCCAAGCGACUGAGGGCAGUGCACAUGAAGGAGCAUCCGGAUUACAAGUACCGGCCGCGUCGCAAGACCAAAACGCUGACCAAGACCAAGGAGAAGUAUCCGAUGGGUGGCCUAAUGCCCGGUCAGGCGGGAGUUGGAGUGGGUGGCGGUGGAGCGCCCGGAGAACCCGUUACGCCCACUCGAGUCCAGGGCCAGGGUCAGAAUCAAUCACUGAACGGGAGCGGAGGCAGUGCAGCGGCAGCGGCGGCAGCAGCAGCGGCGGCGGCACAGCAGGCACGCCAGGAUAUGUACCAGAUGAAUGCGCCCAAUGGAUACAUGCCCAACGGUUACAUGAUGCACGCGGAUCCGGCCGGAGCGGCCGCCUAUCAGACCUCCUACAUGGGCCAGCACUAUGCCGCCGCCCAGCGCUACGACAUGGGACACAUGUACAACAACGGGUAUGCGAUGUACGGCACGGUGUCCGGCGGACAGACAUCGCCGUAUGGCAGCAGUCUACAGCAGCCGGGAUCACCGUCACCGUACGGAACGAGUAGCCUGCAACAGCAGCCGGGUAGUCCGGCUCCCUACGGAUCCAGUGGAGGCGGCGGUGGCCAGGUUUCCUGCCAGAGUCACAGCCCCAGCGAUUCGAGCAUCAAGUCGGAGCCCGUGUCGCCCAGUCCCAGUGCCAUAGCGCUGAAUAACAACAAUAAUAACAAUAACAAUCACAUCAUGAAGCGGGAAUACAGCUCUGCGGCUGCAGCAGCGGCAGCAGCAGCAGCAGCGGCAGCAGCCGGCGGCGGUGAGCUGAAUCACCUGAUGAACAUGUACCAUCUGCCGGACGAGCAGCGCCACCUGCUGCACUAUCAGACGGAUUCGCCCGAUCUGCAGCAGCAGCAUCAGGCGAUGCAGCAACAGCAGCAGCAGCAGCAACAUCUCCCGCAGCAACACCAAGCCAUGCAGCAGCAACACCUCCCGCAGCAACACCAAGCGAUGCAGCAGCAACAGCAGCAGCAGCAACAUCACCUGCAGCACCAGCAGUCACUGCGGACGAUGGCACCGCUGGCCCAUAUGUGAGAAAUGGCCAGCGCCUAUGGAGCAGCCUCCACUGUGAGCGUUUCGCCGCCGUUGCCGCCGUACAUGCCGACGGCGUCACAGCAGCAACAGCAACAACAGCAGCAACAGCAACAGCAGCAGCAACAGUUGCUGAACGGACGGCCCAGUCCGACGGCAUCGGGUUCGUCGGGAGGCCGCUCCUCGGCGCAUUCCAGUGGCCACAAUGCCGCGCAUUCACCCGCCUUGGCAGCCGCCUACCAGCUGACCCCAUCCGCCUCUGCAAACGCCGCCGCCGCCGCCGCCGCUGCCUCAUCCUCAUCCUCAUCCUCGUCCGUCUCGGCGGCGGCUGCCUCAUCCGCUGUUGCAGCUGCAGCCGCUGUUGCCGCUGCCGCUGCAGCUGGCUCCUCGUUCGCGGCCUCGGCCAGCAUGCUGGACAUGCAGCAGCAGCAUCUCGAGGAGCAGCAUCUCCACUAUCAGCAACAGCAGCAGCAGCAGCAGCACUACCAGCACCAGCAUCAGCAGCAGCAUCUCCCGCAGCAGCAGCAGCAUCAGCAUCAUCAGCUGUACCAUCACUAUCAUCCUGGCCACGAGGCGGCUGUGGUCGCCAGUGCCGGCCUGUUGGAUAUAUCCACGUUGUAAAUUAUUGAAAAUAUUAACUAAAAGCCCUAGGAUACGCACACACACAACAAAACACACACAGAUACAAUUUUAGCUUUAGUUAUUAAGUAUCAAUUCAAACACACAGACGUAUAAGUAAUGCCUAGAGUUUAACGAUUAGUAAUUUAACAUAAAGCAUACGCACUGUUGUACCGCAAUAGGAAGACAACCGACCACUCACUGCAUUCCAUUCUGUUCAGUUCUGUGUUGAUUCGAUUUUCCUGCCUGCUAGCUACAACAAUUGUGUGAUACAAAUAAAUUGUUGCAACUUACCGAGACAACAAAUGUUUUAAUUUCAAAGAUCAAUUCAUUUUCCCCAUCCACUUGCUGUACAAAAUAAAAAAUACAUUCCCUUUAAACAUUAAAUGUGCGUUCGCAGGAGGGCAACGGAAAUCGUCGAUACAGAGAAACACCCAAAAAGAUUAAUAGGAAAAACAAAAAUUGAUAUAGGAAAAAGC